GCAUAGCUGGUCACGCACACCGACACAAUCUCCAUCCAGCGCUGCCCAUUUAUACCUCCGUUUACUUCUCCUUCGAUGCUCACGAUUGCUAGCUACCUCUGGUAGUCGCUCGCGGCCUGCUGCUAGAGGGAGAUCGAUGGCGGUGAGCGGCAGCGGAGGAGGGCACGAGCUCAACGACGCGUUGCUGGUGGCCGGCGACGGGGCAAACGGGAACAGGAACGGCGAGGGGGACCUGCAGGAGGUCCGGAGCGUGUCGGCGUUCCUGCGGCAGGCCGCGGAGGAGAACCGGAAGCUCUGGUACCUGGCGGGCCCGGCCAUCUUCACCUCCAUCGCGCAGUACUCGCUCGGCGCCAUCACGCUCGUCUUCGCCGGCCACCUCACCACGCUCGAGCUCGACGCCGUCUCCACCGAGAACAACGUUAUCGCCGGCCUCGCGCUCGGCAUCACGCUGGGGAUGGGGAGCGCCCUGGAGACGCUGUGCGGGCAGGCCUACGGCGCGAAGCAGCUGCACAUGCUGGGCGUGUACCUGCAGCGCUCGUGGAUCAUCCUCAACGCCAUGGCCGUCGUGAUGCUCCCGCUCUACCUCUUCGCCACCCCGAUCCUGCGCUUCUUCCAUCAGGACGCCGAGAUCGCCGCCCUCGCCGGCCGGCUCUCGCUCUACAUGAUCCCUCAGCUGUUCGCGUACGCCUUCAACUUCCCCAUCCAGAAGUUCUUGCAGGCGCAGAGCAAGGUCAUGGCCAUGGCGGCCGUGUCUGCGGCGGCGCUGGUGUUCCACGUCGCCCUGACCUGGCUGCUUGUGGUCCAGCUGCGGAUGGGACUCGUCGGCCUCGCCGUGGCGCUGAACGCGUCGUGGUGGUUCGUGGUGCUCGGCCAGCUCGCCUACAUCCUCAUGGGGUACUGCCCCGGCGCUUGGAACGGCUUCGACUGGCUCGCCUUCACCGACCUCUUCGGCUUCGCGCGCCUCUCCCUGGGCUCGGCCGUCAUGCUGUGCCUCGAGUUCUGGUUCUACAUGUUCUUGAUAGUCAUCGUUGGCAACCUGGAGAACGCUCAGGUCGCCGUUGCUGCAGUCUCCAUCUGCACGAACCUGUUCGGGUGGCAGAUCAUGGUGUUCUUUGGAUUCAAUGCGGCCAUCAGCGUGCGGGUGUCGAACGAGCUGGGCGCGGGCCGUCCUCGCGCGGCCAAGUUCGCGAUCCUGGUGGUGCUCAUGUCGUCCGUGGCCAUCGGCCUCGCCUUCUUCGCCGCCGUCCUGAUCCUCCGCGACGUGUACGGCGCGCCCUUCACGGAGAGCCCCGAGGUGGUGCGCGCCGUGGCCAGCCUGGGCGUCGUCUUCGCCUUCUCCCUCCUGCUUAACAGCGUCCAGCCUGUGCUGUCGGGCGUCGCCGUCGGAGCCGGGUGGCAGUGGCUGGUGGCGUACAUCAACCUCGGCUGCUACUACGGGAUCGGCAUCCCCGUGGGGUACGUCAUCGCCUUCCCGCUGCACCGCGGGGUCCAGGGGAUGUGGGGUGGCAUGCUCACUGGGGUAGGGUUGCAGACCAUAAUCCUGGUUGCGAUCACGCUGCGCACGAACUGGGACAAGGAGGCAAGCCAGGCGCAUUCCAGGAUACACGAAUGGGGCGGAUCGGCCGUGGCCAAGGUUCCGGAUGACAUGUAGCUCGUUGUGCUUGCUUCUCGCGCAGGGCAGGCCGGGAAUUGAAGCAGCUGGGGCACGUGGAGAGGCUUGUGGGCUAGCAUUACAGAGGCCGGUUAAAAAAAGAGAAAUUCUACAAUUCUCCAUCGAAUAACCACUUAUUCUACGAUUUGUUAUCGAAUAAAUUCUGUUUACUUCUAUACCAUCGAAUAAAUAGUUUGGUUCCUUAUUUGCCAUCGACACGUCUGAUUUUUUAAGAAUUCCGAGACUGCCUCCACUAGACUCGUUCAACUCAUUAUGAACAGUAUCUAAGAGCUCAAAAAAGUCAAAAAAAUAUGUCGAUUUUUGUGCACGCUCUAUAAUUCAUAAUUAACCCAUUUUAACUAGAUUCACCUAAAAAUACUAUAUAUAAUUCAAACUA